AACAUAUUUCACGUUGGAUCUUGUGAAUAAAUUAAUACUGAUCAUAUUAUAGCAUUUCUGUGGUGAGUGUAUAAGUGGUGUCGAAUACUAGAUAUUAGCGAUGGCUGAGUCUAAGAUGCAGACUAUCAAGAGAAAUAUACCUUUCAAAAUUUGGCACCGUCAAAACUGCUCGAGCUGCUGUCAAGUCCUUUCGGUUGGAUAUGUCAUGAUUUCCUCUGAAGUGGAGCACGUAUGCGGAAGAUGCAUCACGCUACUGGAAUAUCGAAACUACGAGUUUGCUAAAAGUCUAUAUAACAUUGUUGCUUCUGAAUAUUCAUUCUCAUGUAUGAAUUGUUACUUCGGAUGCGAUCAGUCCUUUUCCAUUUUUAACAUGUUACCUCAUGAAUCGUCUUGCCCAAGGAUCAGUGAGGAACCAUUCGAACAGCGUUGCGAAUUAUGCGAAUUUAAAGGAGACCAAACUUAUGAUAUGGUCACGCACGCACGGAAAUAUCAUUUGAAAGAAGGACUAUUUGAAGGAGCCAAAAUAUUAUUUUCAACAGUAGUUGACGUAUAUAUGAAAAAACUGUUUUUCCUUGAAGAUGGGAUUUUUGUAAUGCAGUGGGAUUACGAUAGCCCCACUAUGAAUUUAAGGAUCAACAUUGAUUGUAUAUCAGUCGUGAAGCCACGACGAUUUACCGUCCGAAUUGAAAGGCCUGACGACCCAACGAAUCAUAUAGUACUUCAAGCUGAUAGUAUCGAUGUUGUUGGCGUUGAAUUUAAUGAGAAUUGCAAUGAAUUCAAUGAGGAAUUUGGUUUCGGUACUGUGCUAUCAUACGAAUUAAUUGUUGAAAAUCUACCUUAUGAUGAAAUAGAUCAGUUAACAAUAAUUAGAUUUAUCGAAGUAUAUGAAAAGGAAGAGGUCACGGUAAAUACGUAUAAUAUUGGCAAGGCCAAAAUGAAGGCACUGGACGACAGAAACAAAAAAUAUAAUAUGAUUCUUGAUAUUCUAAAGUAUCUAGCCCCAAACCUAUUAAAAUGCAGCAAUUGCUACAUAAUCAAUCCAGGGAUGAAACUCUUCGUUUGCUCAGAAGGGCAUAUUUGUUGUAGAGUAUGCAUCCAUCCGAAAUGUGAAGCAUGUAAAGGGCCCAGAGAAUUUAAUGUACUCGACGAACUUAAAAAUUUAUUAGUGCGUUGCGAUUGGCCUGGAUGCAAAUUUGAUACAAAGCUACAUUCCCUCAUGUCACAUAAAGCAACUUGUUCCCGCCGACCUUACCUUUGUCCACUGAAAGGUUGCUAUAAAUCUUUCACAUCCAUUAAGGAACUUAGUGAUCAUUGGCAUGCUUGUACUCCCAGUCUUAUAGAAAGUGAUUGCAGUAUCACUUUUAAUAAAGGCACUCACCAGGAGGUUUUCUGGGUAUUUAACCAUGACAUAUAUCGGGUGUUAGUCAAAAUCAACGAGGAGAUUGAAGUAAUUAUUGAAGACUUCGAUGUCGUAUUGGUAAACAACAGAAUAUACUGUUACGGAAUUAGAAAUAAUGUAAAAGAGGAAAUUACGUCUCGCGUAUUUUGUGACUACUUUCGGGUUUCUAUCGAUAAUCGCCGAAAAAAAAAUCCAGCCUACUUGGCUUAUGAGCAAAUACAAAUUGAAAUUAUAAAAAAGAACAUGUAGAUAAGUUCAAAAACAACUAUUAGUCGAAUAGGGGUAGUUCAAAAUAAUACUUUGUUCGGUAUGUAUCAUAUUUCAGUAGUGAACGAAUGCAUAUCUACAUUUUAUUUGCAUGAGAUCUUCCUCGCGUUGCUUCUUCCAUUCAUUCCGUUAUUUAAAACCGAAUAUAAAGCACUGUUUUGGCUAGUUAGAUAUUUUUUCUCUAAAUGUUUAUUGUUAAAUGUUUAUUUUUCUUGGAUAUUGUUAUAGUCGUUAAUCAUUUAUUCAUUAAGUUAUUAUUAAUUAUUUCAUUAUGUUUAUACUAUACUUAGCUUUACUGCAGAUUACGAUUUUAUUUUACAAAUUUUUAUAGGUACACUAAUAAUUCAACAUAGAAAUAUACUAUAAUUCUAUUUGUUUGAAAUAUAUUUAUGAAUUACUGAAAUGGCAACGUUCUAUUCUAAACUACAUUGUCCGAACAUUCUGGUUCACUUUAGAAUAAGAUGGUGUUUGAAAUUGUGAAUCAAGAGUGAAUCGCUGAAAUCGUCAAAAAUGUGUCGCAUUUCCAACGUGAUUUUUUUUGGAAACAACGAAUUAAAGAAAAGUAUUCGAGAAUUAAUUUGGGUGGAAAUAUUAGGUACAUGAAAAACGGACCGCGCUGAAAUGUCGCAAGUUUAAAUAAAGCAUUAUUGUACAGCAUAAGAAAAACUUAUUCACCACGGGCAUGUUAAAAAAUGCGUUUGAAACAUUUCCAGCAACAAACCGAGUCAGGAAAUGAAUCACUUAGUGAGGAAGAUAAUCCACAAUGCGUCAGAAGAAUACCAAUUGCAGAAAUAUUUUCUAACAUCCUCAGCAAUGAACUUUGGCUUAACAUACGGCAAUUUCAAUAUGCAAAUGCACUCAAUAAAACAUUUCGCCCCAAAUGGUCUGAAAAUCAGUAAGCUGGAAAAGAGUGGAUGAGACGCUUCAUGAAAAGGAAUUCAAAACUAUCCUAUAGAAAGCCUGAAAAUGUUUUAAGUAAAGUGGGAGAUUUAGCUAUAACACAACAUAAACAAUUUCUCAAUGCAAAAUAUAUAAGACUUUCCUGUAUCCAACACUUAAAACUGUAUCCAACAGAGACUGUAUCGAACACUUCAAACAAACAAAAAAAAUUAAUUUCGUAAGCAAGAUCGGGCAAAGGGGGUCGGGAAAAAUGAAAGUGAGCUAGAAACACAAAGAACGGAGGAAAAGAAACUAAAAACAAAAAGUGUGAAACGAAACAUCUAGGACAUCAACGGUUCUAGUAAGGGGAAAUCGGAAUAGAAAAACAUAAAAUAGCACGCCAGCUCAUCUUCAUUAAUUAAAUAUCAAUUUCCCAGUAUGGAAGAGGAAACGUCCAAGAUAUUAUCAUCAAGCGGAUUCAGAUGCUGUCUGUCUUAUGAAGUGAAAACCCUUUCAUCGGAUUCAGAUAUAGAUAUGAUCGAAGACUACGAAAUAGACGGAUUAGUUGACUGCACAAAAAUUGAUUUAAGAGACUUUAUUUCGGUCAAAUUUGCUUCCAAAAGAACCUUAUAUUGUCAUCAAGCGAUUCAGAUGCAUCUUAUGAAGUGAUGGAGAUUAUUAUUAUCGAGACACGUGGGGUGCGUUCAAGAUAUCCGUGAUUUUCUACCCAAUUUAAGAUAAUAUUAUUUCGAUCCAUAAAAGAGACAUAGUGACUAGACUACCAAAACCAAAAAUAGUAUUGAGUACUACUAUUACCUACUAGUAGAUUGGCUUCCUAUAUGAAUUUCUUUAUGUUUCCUUGAUGAGUUAUAAUGUCCUUUAAAUUUUUGUUAAAAUUGUCAAAUUUUUCUUGCUCCAUUCUGAAAUAUUUUUCAUGGUUAAUGUAGCUGUAAGAUUCGAUUCUUUGCUUGUUUAAUAAAUGAAAUACAUUUG